AUCCUGACUCUUGAACAGCAGUCAUUAGAAGCUUCCAUACACACAGACAUGCUGUCCCACCCUGGGAGUUCUGUUCGAGCUGUUUACCUUUCAAACCUCCCCUUGGUCUGUUGGCACGGCUGCAUGUGUAUGUCUUCACCUGUGUUGUCAGUCGACAUCGUAUUUCUCCGCGGCUGAACUCAUUCUGCACCCGCCUAAGACGGAACAACAGAGAAAUCCAUUCACACGAGAUUGAGCGAAGAAUCAUUUGAAGGAAAACCCGUCAGGACUGACAGGUCCACACAGCCAAGGAUCCAGAGCCUAUUUCUAUCGGGGGAAGUUUUGUGAGAUGGCCAACUGUUCCAUUGAUCAUGGGAUCCACCAGGAAUUGUUCCCCACGGUUUAUAUCUUUGUCUUCAUCGUCGGCCUGCCCACCAAUCUCCUGUCGCUCUACCACAGCUACCUGCAGAUCAAGCAGGGGAACGAGCUGGGAGUCUACCUCUGCAACCUGACCAUCUCGGACCUCUUCUACCUGAUCUCCCUGCCCCUGUGGGUCCAGUACAUUAUCCAGCACGACGACUGGAUCUAUUCGCCCGCGCUGUGCAAGGUGACCGGCCUCCUCCUCUACCAGAACAUCUACAUCAGUAUCGGCUUCCUCUGCUUCAUCUCCAUCAACCGCUUCCUGGCCGUCAGCUACCCCAUGAGCUUCAAGUCCAUGCACACCAUGAAAGCCGCCGUGCUCAUCAGCGUCCUCAUCUGGCUGAAGGAGAUAGUGGUGUGCACCUUCUUCAUCGGCAGCAAGGUCCUGAGCAAGGACGACGUGAACGACACCUUGUGCUUCGAGCACUACCCCCUGCGCCAAAGGGACAUCAACUUGAACAUCUACCGCCUCUCCAUCGGCUUCUUCCUCCCUCUCGUUUUGCUCAUCUUCUCCUACUGCAAGGUGCUGUCCGUGGUCCAGAAAAGUCACGGGCUCCAAACGGUGAGGAAACUCAGGAUCAAGAGGCUGGUUUCCGGGACCAUUAUCAUUUUCCUGGUGUGUUUCGCUCCCUAUCACGUCUUCCUGAUGGUCCGGACCUUGAGCGAACGCAGCUGCGAAUUCGCCGAUAAGAUUUUUGACGUUUAUCACUUUGGGCUCUUGAUGACCAGCUUGAACUGCGUGGCCGACCCCAUCCUGUACUGCUUCAUCUCUCAGAGUUCGCAAGGCUGGUUAGCCAGGUUCCUGGACCCUGUCACAUGCCUCGUGAGGCGCUGCAGGAGGAGACCGGGGGUCCAGUCGCUGGAGAUGAAGGUCAAGUCGCCAACGACCAGACUUUUAGUUCAGGACCAGGAGAAGGUGGUGGAAAAUGGUCACGAUAACGGGGCAAAGAUCCAACUCAACCAGUAUUCACAGCAAAACUUCCAAGGCACAAUGAGCACGGAUGUGUAAAAGGUCUAAGGACAA